UAUUGUUUUGUCUCCCGUCGACGGAAACCACCGCUUAUAUUUUGAUUAUUAAAUCUCUGUAAGAUAAGUGGUAAUCGAGCUGCUUAGUGUGAUUGGAAGAUGGAAGCUGAAACUACGCUGAAAACCGUGGGUGUUGCAGUGAACAGUUACAGCGCCAUGUCGCUCAUGCGGAGACCAAGCCAGGAGUUGAACGAGACACAGUUGGGGAAACUGUCGUUAUCCGACACGAAGCUGCCCUCUCGUCGCCAGGACGCUGGCUGUAAUUCUCUGAGCAACGCGUCGUCGGUGGAACAGGAGGAGAACGCUGUGGCGCGACGGUUCUCGGGUGGAAUCGCCGUUCUCCAGGCUGGCAGUGUAGCCGAGAAUCUCGUAAAUGCCUUCCUGAGUGCCAACCAACACGUGCUGCAGAAGGUGCAGAGUCUGCCGAAUGGGAAGCAGCUGCUGGAUAUCUGUGAGCUUUACCGAUCGGACGCCUUCAGCGUACUCACCAAAUUCCUGCCUGAUUUAGCGGCGCUGUGGACAGCGGCUGCGAUGCGCGACGCAGCACCAGUGUACGUUUCGAUAUUCUCCGGUCUCGAUCUUUCCUUGGUCAACACGCACCGAAUGCUGGGAGGCAUUAACCGCAUGACGAUACACGAAAAACACCGGGAGUAUUUGGAGGACAUAGACGUGGCGUCACUGCUGAAAAAGGCGCUCGCGAACGCUAUCAUGGACCAUUACGCUGUGCAUCCUCCGAUGUGGAACUACAGCUGGUUGGUGGAAUACAUGAAAGUGCUGAGCAUUCUGUUCCCGGAGUGGGCCGGCUACGACGUGGUGGACGGAAUAGGUGAAUUUUUUGACGUCGAGCUGGUUUACGGGGCGGUCGUGACGACGGGUUGCAAUCCCAAAGUGGUGCUGAUCGUCAAAGGGAUCAUGGGCCUUUGCCGGGGAAUAGAAAGGAUUGAUGAGCACCACCAGGAAUUGAACGUUUGGGAUAUGUCCAAGCGGAUGCGCAAAGACGGUGCCGCGUGUUUUCCCGAGCGCAUGUUCUGGCUGUGUUUCCGCGGGGUGCACUGUGGUGUGGGCUGGCAGGAGGGAGAGGCGCUGGCCCAACGCUUCUGGCCCGACGAAGACAGCAUUUACCAAGACGUGCGCAAGGAGAGUUCGAUCAGAAUGCUGUGCAGCUUUGUGCAGUUGGUUGUGGAUCGAAUGAUGCAGUGUGGCGUCCCCUCUCGCGCACUGGUACAUUCUGUAGAGGGGCGUGAUCCGUAAGGGGGAGAAUGGUUUCGGCUGUGGUGUUUUUUUUGUUGCCUCUAUAUCGAGCCGAAAGUCUUUUGUAAUCGUUCUUCGCUAUUAAUUAUAUUUUGCAGUUAGUGCUCCUAAAAGUUGCUGCUUUUUGUUGUCAGUGCUUUUAUAUAACGAUUAGACUUGUGCUAGUGCCUCCAAAGAGUUUGCCUGCUCAUUAGUCAAUGAGUAAACCCCACCUUCUUCACUUGCAUGAUACAACCGGUACCGACAUAGUGUGUAGUGCGUACAAGACUGC